AUGAAGUAUUUCUGGAAACACCGUAAGAGAAAGCGAAACUCCCAAACGAAGCACAAGGAAGUGCAGACGGACUACACGAAAUUUACUUCAACAAGAUAUUGACAGAAAAUGGAAACUAAAAAGCUGAUUCUGGAUGCGCUCGACGAGAUUGUGAAAGCAGAUUUCAAGCGGUUCAUCUGGCACCUGUGGAACGGCGUCGGAUCAGACAUCGAGCCUAUUCCUCGGGCAAAGCUGGAGGACGCGGAUCGCCAGGAGGUUGUGGAUUGCAUGGUUCAGAAGUACAGCACUAAUGCUGGGACUGUUGCAGUGCAAGUGCUGGUGAACAUCAACCAAAAUGAUCUCGCUGACAAACUUCAUUUGAAACUUCAGAAAGCGGGUUCUGGCCGAUAAGGACGAGUUUAUCUCGAUCACGUGACGACUGCUCCGCUACUGUAAUGUGCUCAGAGCAGAGGCUUCUGGGAGAUCUAUGAGGGUCCUGACUCCAUCUUCAGCCCUUCUUCAUCUCUAAACAAGGGCUUUAUAACAGAAACACGGUCUAAUCAACAAUCUGCCACAACAAUAUUAUGAAUUUUUCUGUUUUAUCUUAUUCUGCGAGUAACGAAACUAAAGCCAUUCGUCAUGGAGGCUUCAUUUAAGCAGUUAAAUUAAAAUUAAGAGUCACAUCUAUAAUAAUAAAGUCAAGAGACUCUCCUAAUGUGACGCCUGAUGAGAUCUUAUAAUAUACAGUUUGAUAAAGUUCAUAUUUUUGCUGAUUGUGAAUAAUGGGUGACAUAUUAUUGCUUGAACAGUUACAUUUUAUUUGUGUAGUUUUUUAGUAGUUAAAAUUAUUCUCAAAUUUGGUGUUGGAUGUUGUUAAACAAUCAUAAUUGGUAGUGGAUGAUGAAUGAUUAAGGUAUUGAAUGGUUUGUUCGGGGAUUGAUCAAUAUGGAUAUAGAUAACUGAUGGAUUGUUAUUUCUAUAUAUUUGGAGUGUGUGAGUUGUCUGGUCAAACGAGAGCGAUUUAUGGAAAAACACAGACAGCAAGCAACCAUUGAAACAAUGUUAAAUCAAUAUUAAUGUGUCAAUGUUAACCACAUUGGGUCAAUAUCAUGCUUGCACUCUCAGAAAAUGAAAUUAAAAUACAUUCCUGUCACGCCUAGAGAAUUUGCCAUUGCUUUUGAUGCUGAUCCCACAGCUGUUGUUGCAUUGUUUAGAGGUUUCGAAAGCUCUUUGUUUGCCACACCACCUGUUCUUGAGCUCUCUUUCAGAAAGAUAUUUUAACAAAUCUUAUGAAAUUAUCUAUUGGAGCAAUUUUAUGAAUAUUGUGGACUGGAGAAAAGUUUGGUUAUUGCUAAAUAAAUACAUUACUGUAAA